AUGCCAGACGGAUUAUUGGGCGUCGCUAAAAACUGCUCCCCCGCCCUGCAAAAAUAUGCGCCCUGCUGUGCAGGACUCGGCACAUUGGCGACACGCUUUCGAAACAUCGAAAGCCUGACGGCCGGAUUUCUAAAUACCCAGGCCAUCACAACGGAUCAAAAUUACGACAAUAUGAUCGAUAUUUGUGCCAAUAAUUUCGAUUUUUUGCAACACGGUGCGCUACGACGGGAACUACUAAAGCGGUUUCCGCCAAUUCUGCACAAGUACCACCUAUACGUCCUGUACCUACAAAACAAAUACGUGCCUCAAAUGGAGAAAAUCCAAAAGUACCUCGAGGCAGGCGUCGAGCGUUACGAAUGCGACACCUGCGAUCGGCUGGCAAGCAACGUGCAACUCACGGAGAAGAAAAUUAACUAUCAGGUAAUUUUGGACAACACA